GCCCCCCCAGCCGCGAUGGAGCCGGAGUCGGUGAUCGAGGACAAGACCAUCGAGCUCAUGACAAGUCUGAAAAGGAAACCCCAUUCGAAUCCCUAUUCAUUCUGGAUUGGUGGAUCUGAAGCACAGAAACAGAGUUUCAGUGUUCUGUGCCAAGGUCUUUGUGGCUAGGCUGCUCCAACCUGGUAGAGAGCAUGUGCGCACUGAGAUGCCUGCAGAGCAUGCCCAGUGUCAGAUGUCUCCAGAACACAUCAGUAAUGGAGGAUCAGAAUGAAGAAGAGUCUCCAAAGAAAAACACACUCUGGCAGAUAAGCAAUGGAACUUCAUCUGUGAUAGUCUCAAGAAAGCGACCAUCAGAAGGAAACUACGAGAAGGAAAAAGACUUAUGUAUCAAAUAUUUUGACCAGUGGUCUGAAUCGGAUCAGGUUGAAUUUGUGGAACACCUUAUUUCACGAAUGUGUCAUUAUCAGCAUGGACAUAUUAAUUCUUACUUGAAGCCCAUGUUGCAAAGGGACUUCAUCACUGCUUUACCAGAGCAAGGCCUAGAUCACAUAGCAGAAAAUAUCCUAUCCUACCUUGAUGCCCGAUCGCUCUGUGCAGCAGAGCUGGUUUGUAAGGAAUGGCAACGAGUUAUUUCGGAGGGCAUGCUAUGGAAGAAGCUUAUUGAGAGAAUGGUACGAACUGAUCCACUCUGGAAAGGGCUGUCUGAAAGAAGGGGCUGGGAUCAGUACCUGUUUAAAAACAGGCCCACAGAUGGCCCUCCCAAUUCGUUUUACAGGUCACUGUACCCAAAGAUAAUACAAGAUAUAGAGACUAUAGAGUCUAACUGGCGAUGCGGAAGGCACAACUUGCAAAGAAUUCAGUGCCGAUCUGAAAACAGUAAAGGGGUCUACUGCUUACAGUAUGACGAUGAGAAGAUCAUCAGUGGCCUUCGAGACAACUCCAUUAAGGUUUGGGACAAAACAGGACUGGAAUGUUUGAAAGUAUUAACAGGACACACCGGCUCUGUUCUCUGCCUGCAGUAUGAUGAAAGAGUCAUUGUAACCGGGUCUUCGGAUUCCACGGUGAGGGUGUGGGACGUGAACACUGGUGAAGUCCUGAACACGCUGAUCCAUCACAACGAGGCGGUGCUUCACCUGCGCUUCAGUAAUGGCUUAAUGGUGACCUGCUCGAAAGACAGAUCGAUCGCUGUUUGGGACAUGGCCUCGCCGACCGAUAUCACUCUGCGCCGUGUAUUGGUGGGCCAUCGGGCGGCCGUUAACGUUGUAGAUUUUGAUGACAAGUAUAUUGUAUCCGCCUCCGGGGACAGGACCAUUAAAGUCUGGAGCACCAGCACAUGUGAAUUUGUUCGCACUCUUAACGGGCACAAGCGGGGCAUUGCUUGCCUCCAGUACAGGGAUCGACUUGUUGUGAGUGGAUCAUCAGACAAUACUAUUAGGCUCUGGGACAUCGAAUGCGGGGCCUGUCUGAGAGUACUAGAAGGACACGAAGAACUGGUUCGGUGCAUCAGAUUUGAUAACAAGAGGAUUGUAAGCGGAGCCUAUGACGGUAAAAUCAAAGUUUGGGACUUGCAAGCUGCUCUUGACCCUCGGGCCCCAGCGAGUACACUGUGCUUACGCACAUUGGUGGAACACUCAGGACGUGUUUUUAGACUCCAAUUUGAUGAAUUUCAGAUCAUUAGUAGUUCCCAUGACGAUACCAUUUUGAUUUGGGAUUUUUUAAAUGUGCCCCCCAAUGCACAAAAUGAGACACGCUCUCCAUCCAGAACAUACACUUACAUCUCCAGAUAACAGUCUGCAAUUUACUGCUCUCCAAGGAUUCCACGGUCUUUGAACUGCUGGAUAUUUGGCUCUUACUCACCUGAAGACAUUAGCCACAGCUGAAGUCAGAAGUGGUUCUAGGUGCUGUGUAGAUGCGAAGCAGCACAAUUCUGUAUCUCAACUUGUCUCUUUUUCCAGUCUUUCGUCACUCAGUGAUCUCCUCUGAGGAACUGACUAGGAAUUCACUGAGUCCAGGUAGAAGAAAUCCAGCCUCUCCUUCACUGCGAUGCAAGAUCCAAAGCUUCAUGAGUAAAAAAAUUGCCCAUAUACACUGAACUGAUGGCUUGUUUUUCCAGGAGUGAAUCAGAUGUCAAGGAAGGACUUGGCCUAAUUUAUAUUUGCUUUGCACUUUUGAUCUGACUCUGAAGAAGAAAAACAUUCUCAGUGAAAUGUGGGUGCCAAACACAUACCCAGAAUGUACAGGGCUUUGCUUUUCAAAGUCAUCCUCCUCCUGUAAGACUUUUCUGUUUCAUGACCGAUUCAGAACCCCCCU